CGCUGUAUGAAAGGAAUCUCUCCAGAGUUCAACACAUACCCUCUGAACAUUCAGAAACACAUGAGUCAACUCGCCAUGUACUGCAAGUUUGCACACAACCGAGUGAUAGUAAAGAAAGGUUUUAGUCCUGAUGGGUGCUAUAUCGUCUUGUCCGGAACUUUGGUAGAAAAGACAGAAAACAAGAAAAAGGUUCGAGAACUGUGGCCUGGGAGUAAUUUCGGGGAAGAAGACUUGAUCUGUGGAUGUAACAGACGGUCAACCGUACUCACACGAACCAACGUCGAGUUAUUCUGUAUACACAAGCAGGACUACAGACAAAUCUUCAACAUGGCGGAAGAUGUCAGCAACCCGAAGAAUCUCGAAGUUUGCAAACAAGAUGUAGUCUUUCAACACUUCCCGAUGCACAGACUAGUUGAAAACCCAGGAAUAUGGACAAUUGUCAAAUACAAGUAAGUUGGUC